AUGCUGCAAGAAUCUGAAGCCUCGAUUAUCCGGAUUGCCGGCGCGGGGUUUCGACUCUCCCUGCUUUUGAACGCAGCUGCAUGCCAGCUGGCCCAGUCCAGGAUUGAAUUUCACAGUAUCGCCAAAGCUAUCUCACUCUUCUCUUUGACGCUCAAACGCGUUGGAAAACUACUCGAUGCUACAACCUUGGGUACCUCGCCCACAGCCACUGAGAAGGCUUUGGAAAUUGCCAGCCAAGGCCAGGUGGUCAUGGUGGAGAUAGAGCACAUGCUAGAGAAACUCCAGGGGACAGAUACAGACGAGGAACUGAGGAAGAUACCACCUCAGGAACUUCUACACUGGUGCUUUCGAAAACAACAUGUGACGUACCUUCUCGCUCAACUUGAGUCCUUGAAACUGAGCCUGAUUGUCAUGUUUCAAGUGCUACAGCUGGCCGAGAUGGUGCAGUCAAAUUCGGGAAUAUCUGGUUCACCUGAGUUUGAUUUGACUACGGAUGAGAUGCUUGCCCAAGAAAAGGCAGAGGCGCAGAACAUGGUAAUUAUUCGCUACUGGGCUGUCCGGAGAGUGGACCAUCUAUGGGGGCUCGUUGAGCAAGAAGCUGUGGAUGCUGCAAAGAAUCCAAUAAGCCAGCGAAUAAACUCAGCUAGCUCGUCAAAAACAGUCUCUGCCGUGAAAUCUCUCGUCGCUGCAGCCAACGGCUCGACCGUCACUCGGCUUCAUACCGUGACUUUUGGAGAUGUCGAUUCGAGUCUGGGCAAUCUGGAAAGGUCCCCGAAAGAGAUGGUCCAUCUUUCUGAAAAAGCUAUCGAACGUUUAUUCCAUCUUUGGGUCCCAUCGUUAGAUAUUUCGUGGUUGCACAAGGUAGGGAAAAACGACCGGGGGUCUGAGAGGUCAACUCCACCGCGGGUCCACAUCACUCCCGAGAGCGAUAAUGAUAGUGAGAAAGAAGACUUCGAUCGCCAUAGCAUCGAUGGAUACUAUCUUGAAGGAAACACCACAGACUGGAGAAAGCCACAUUCACAGGAAGCUCGAUACCAGGCUGCACAACUGCGUCAGCGAUACUCUGGUUACCAGGCUUAUGUGGACAAUGAUUCCGAGACCGAUGAUGAUGAGCAGUAUAACCGAGCACGAAACCUUUCAGACACCUCAGACUCUGGAGAUGAUUAUGAGCAGAGAUCGGCUUCCCACCGUCGCCCUGUGCCAGGCGGCCGCCCUCAUUCCAAUAGCAUGUCAUCGAAAUAUUCCAGCCAGAGCCAAGUACCCGAGCUCAGACAACCUGCGUACCCAAAUGGUAGCAUCCCACCAGCCCAAUCAAUACCUCGACCGAGGGCACCACAACAUCUACCUCCGGGUACACCUGCGCCUCGGGCACCUGGUCCACUAGGAUCGCCCGCACAGCCGGGAUCCAACUACUACGCCGACCACACGAAUAUGCCCCGAUCAGUCCCAAUGAGCAUAAACACGCCGCAAAGAACCUUGGCUCCUAUGCCAAUACCUUCACCACGAAGUACGCCACCCAACAGUAAUUCAUGGGGCCCACCCCAAGCGUACAGUGGAAAUCCUCAUGCUCGCUACCAUCACUCAGCAUACCCCCUUUCAACCUCCUCGCCGGAAACGCGUCACGAGGUGCAUUUCCGCACGACGCCUCCACGCUCGGCCCAAAGGACGCCGCCGAGUGACCACUCGCGUCGAUCUUCGCGCGAAUUGAGACGGGAGGCAAAUAAGGAGCUAGGACGGACUGCUACACGGGGCCUCGUGGGCAUUGGGGCUAUUGCUGGGUUUAUGGAUGCACUUGAGGCUUUUCAACUUCUCUAG